AUGGCUGCCGACAGCGGCCCAAUCCAAUUCGGCGAGAAUGACGUGAUGGUCGGCGUUCUUCCUCAGGAACCCGAAGAAUACCGAACUCCACGCGAGAAUCGGAUCAGCCCACUUCAGUCUCUACACAGUAAGGAAUUCUGGGGUUCCGAGGUUUCUUUCCUCGAUUGCCGGUGGGCGUCAGGUGGGUGUAGUUCGGGUGUCGUGGGGAAGGUCGGAGGUCCCGCUCGGGCUGUUUCGGGGGAAACCUGGAGCUGA